AUGCCUAUUAACCUCACUGGAACAUGGAAGCUGGAUGCGAAUCGUUCUGAAUCUCUCCUUCCAUACUUGAGUGCUCUGGGUGUCCCUGACCUUGCUGCACAAGCCGCGAGUAAAUUGGUGGAUAUUCUGGGAAUCACGCAAACCGAUGAGUGUUUCACGAUUUGCCGCAUGUCUCGGUUUGGAAAAGAUACAAAGUCAAUUCGAUUUGGGGAUGAAUACACUGUAAAGUCCGUAAUGGGCGGAACUCAUCGCAUCAAAGUGUCAAAGCAAGAUAACGCGCUUAUCAUGAUAACUCAGAUUUCGAACAACAUCGGCGUGUUGCGAGAUACCCGCGUGCUCGAGGAGAAUGGACGUGUCAUGCACGUCAACCUCGUCCUCCAGAUGACUUCAGGGCAGCGUGUUGUCGUCAAUCGCUAUUUCGUAAAGUCUAAUCUUUCCUGUGAAGAACUAUUGGAGCAAACAGAUUCUACCACCGUGAAAAGGUACUUCCAAAUGGGUAUGAUUUAA